AUGGGCAUUGUUGACUAUUUCAGCCGACCGCGUGGCGAUCAGGCACAUGGUGAUGUUGAGACGCCCACCGUGGAAGGCCCAAAAGUCAUUGAACCCACUAUUAUCUCCAGUCCCGAGUCUUCGGGUAUGGUCACUCCCGCAAACAUGCUCCCUUCCCCGGCUGGGAGCGAGGAUCCGCUUAUCUUUGAAAAGAUCCCACAUCAGUUCGGUCGAUUGGGGUCUUGGAAAGGAUCUUUGAUCUUGCUCGUUACAUCCGGCUCUCAGUUUCUUGACAAUGUCUUUAUGACGAGCGCCAAUAUUGCCUUGUCGUCGAUUCAAAAAGACUUUGACGUUUCGAGUACCGAUUUGCAAUGGAUGAUUUCUGCGUAUACUUUGUCAUUUGGUGGUUUCCUUUUACUAGCUGGUGCUUUAUCUGACCGAUAUGGACGAAAGAAGAUUCUUUGCCUGGGUCUUGCUUGGCUGUCUGUGUGGACACUAGCCAUCGGAUUUGGGCAGUCCUUCAUUCAACUCACGGUAUUCCGUGGCAUCCAAGGAAUUGGAGCCGCUUUGACUGUUCCCUCAGCUAUUGGCAUCAUCAGUUCCUACUUCAGCGGUGUGGAUCGCACUCGUGCCCUGUCAAUCUAUGGAGCUUCUGGUACCUUGGGGUUCUGCACCGGUCUUAUCUUCGGUGGAUUCCUGACCUCUUCAUUGGGCUGGAGAUACAUCUUCUACCUGAUCAUCAUAAUUACUGGAGCGUUGGGUAUCUUGGGCUUCAUUGUCCUCCCAAGCGAUGUUCCUUCCCAGAAGAAACGCGAGAGAAUGGAUUACAUUGGCGCAGUGAUGUCCACUGCUGGCCUCAUCCUGCUCCAAUUUGUGCUAUCCAGUGGUGGAACCUACGGCUGGGACCAGCCGUUCAUUAUUGUGCUGUUGAUCCUGGCUGUUGGUCUCCUUGUUGGGUUCACUAUCUACGAGAAGUACAUCAGCAACCCGAUCAUGCCGCUGUCUUUGUGGAAGAUUCGCAACUUUGCCGGUCUUUGGGUUAUUGGUUUCACUGGUUAUGGAACCUAUCAGAACGUCAUCUACUAUAUCGUCCUUAUUGCGCAGGAAGUAGAUAAGCUAAACGCUGGCGAUACAGCUCUUCGCUUUCUGCCAAUGGGUGCCAUUGGUUUCAUUGUCUCACUCGGCACGGGAAAACUGCUUGAGAUCAUGAAUGGAAAGCACCUCCUCAUCAUCGGUCUGGUUCUGGCUGUAGUCGCUCCUAUACCGAGCGCUUUGACUUCGAACUCAGACGCUGGAUUCUGGCUAAAUGUCCUUCCCACGUCCCUCAUCAGUAUCUCAUCCGUGUCUUUCAUCUUCGUUACUACGAGCACUGUGGUCCUCACGAGUGUACCGGUCGAGGUCAAGAGCUUGGCUGGCGGAAUGCUGAAUACUGCCUUCCAAAUUGGCUCUGGUGUUGCGUUGGCUAUCUCAGCGGCUGUUACUGAUGCUGUCGAUAUUCAGCAAGGACACAGUCUAGAACAGCAGUACGCCACGGGUCUUUGGUGCUCUGUCGGUCUUGCUGGACUGGGCCUGGUAAUCGGUCUUAUUGCUGUUAGGCACAAAGGUAUUGGACCUAAAGAUAGGUUAGGUGCUGGCCCAGUCGCUAUUUAA